UCCUGGCAUUCGCUCUUUCUCUGCUAUAACGUGUUCUGACACUUUCUUUUCACUAAUCCCAUCUCAUCGAUCUCUCGUUGGCUGUUGCUCAAUUACCUUGGACUUACUCGACUCCCUUUCAAGUGUAUCCCGCUCUACACAAACCUCCAGCUUAUUGAACUGUUCCAUACCCCGUUUCACGAGGGGAGCUUCGCCUUUUCUCGAACUUGGCUCAUUCUUUCCCCAUAAACCUCCCAGCGUCUUGCUUUCCCCAGAAGGAGUGCCUCGCCAGAAGAGCAGAAAUGAAGAACUCGAUUCCAUCUGAUGUGUGGGAGAGGAAGAAGGCCCUUAUCGCUCAGCUGUACAAGGAUGAGGAGUGGCCCUUAAAGCAGGUGAUCAAGAAGAUCCGCUCGGACGACUUCAACCCAAGUGAAACCCAGUUGCGAAGCAGAUUGAAGAAAUGGCGGGUCACCAAGCCUUCCCGCCAAACCCGCAAGAAGUCGAACGAUAGUCAACAGGAGGGGUCUGGCGACGACAGUGGCCGUGAGGGCGGCUCUCCCAAGCAUCAAGCCGCCAUUGUCUCUUCCAAGUCUCGUGCGACUGCAACGGAUCUUUCUGUGUCCGAAUCAGAUUGGUUCAUGAAUGGGUCUUUUGCACCAGAAGAAGAGCUGCCGGUCACAGUUUCCCUUGAUCACGCCUGGGCCCCUGUACUGGCGCAACAAUCACCAUUGAGCCAGCCUAACAAGCAGAGGGACGCUUCUCAUGCUUCGAUGACUUCGCCCUUGCUAGACGAUGUGAUGGUCAACCCGACUGCGAGUUUGGCACCCACUUUCCAGGAGCAUCCUUAUGGUUUCACCACCGAGUCCUGCAUGCAAACACCCGUGUCUUCGUCGGCCCCGGCUGCUCCAAUCCAAUGGUCAAUUCCUCAAUGGUAUUCGAUGCCCAUGGCGCCUGGCGCCCAAUCCCCCUCGAUGCCUUUCUAUAGCUCAGCACCGUUGAGCCCUCCGAUCGACCCUGCUAUGCAGCUGAUGUCUCCUCCCGGGCCACAACGGGUAUAUACGCCACAAACGCCACCGACAGCCAAUAUCUCAAGACAGCAGUUGUCUGACUUACAAAAUGAUGGCGCGCAAUUAUGGAAGCGUGCCAUGUCUGCCCCUUAUGUCCAGGAUACCGCUGGCGGUCAUCCGACACUGGAACAGAGAAGCAUGCAGUCGACAGCGGUGGACAGAAAGGCAUCACUCCCCUCCAAGGCCACAAGUCCGCAUAACAUGGGCCUAAUGACCCCUCCGCCCUCGUUCUUCCCUCACGGGCAGCAUCCCGCUAUGUGUGCGCCAAUCUACACCUAUCCGGGAGCCGAGACUCUUAUUCAUCGACCACCCAGUAUCGACUUUUAAGACAUUCGGGCUGUGGUCAAUGCCUCAUCUCACUCAAGUCCCGAGUGACUUUUUAGUGACCUUUUCUUUUCAGUCUGGCUCGCGCAUUGGAGUUGCACGUUGUUUCUUCAUGGUUCCGUUCCUCUCUUCUGUUCGG